AUGACGAUCCUUCGGCUUGCCGCGGGCCUUCUCCUUCUUUCACAAGCCUUCGGUCUUGUAGCCGCCUCCACGGAACUUGGCACCACGGAGAACCUCGGCUUCUUUCAGGGGUUGGUAGAAGAUGCCACUCAGAACCUUGCGUCGCCGCUUCUCAAAACAAGACAAAAUAACGGCGGCGCACCGGACCCCGCAACUCUUUAUCCAUCUUACACGCUGUCGGUACCCAUCGAUCACUUUCAUAACGAAUCAAAAUACGAACCGCACUCUAAUGGAUCAUUCAACUUACGAUACUGGUUUGAUGAUCGCUUCUAUAAGGAGGGCGGCCCUGUGAUUGUCCUCUCCGGCGGCGAAACGAGUGGCCAGGGGCGCCUGCCGUUCUUGCAGAAAGGCAUCGUUGCAAUCCUGGCUGAGGCGACGAACGGUCUCGGCGUCAUUCUCGAGCACCGCUACUACGGAGCUAGCUACGUGACGGAAGAUCUCAGCACCGAAAACUUACGCUUCCUGACCACCGACCAGGCUUUGGCCGAUACAGCCUACUUUGCCCAAAAUAUUGUAUUCCCAGGAUAUGAGGACGUAAAUCUUACUUCUCCAAACACCCCUUGGGUCGCAUAUGGCGGUUCUUACGCCGGUGCGUUCGUCGCCAUUCUCCGCAAGCUGUACCCCGACACUUUCUGGGGCGCCAUCUCAUCUUCGGGUGUAACAGCUGCAGUAGUCGACUUCUGGGAGUACUACGAAGCUGCUCGACUUUUCGCGCCGGAAGGCUGCGCACCAGCGACGCAAAAGGUGACCCACGUGGUCGAUAAUAUUCUGCUGGGCGGCGACCGAGAUGAUAUUUUACAGCUCAAGACGGUCUUCGGUCUCACCAAUGUCACUCGCGAUGUUCAUUUUGCAAACGCCAUCAGGGGUGGGAUCGCAGGACUGCAAUCGGUCAACUGGGAUCCGGCCAUAAAUAGUCCUGCUUUUGCGCUUUACUGCGGCAACAUGACAUCGACCAAAGUUCUAUACCCUGCAACAAACGAUCUGAAAGACUCCAUCAAGUCAAUCCUAGUGACAGGAGGGUAUCAAGACGAGCUUGAUGCCCUCACGCUUACUGUGCAGAAUUACAUUGGUUACGUCAACCUCACACGUGUGUCGACUUGCCGUGGGCGUCCGCAGGACUUAUGUUUCGGAGGCCGGACAGACUUUUCCACGGACAACCUUAAUCAGGUUUGGAGGCUUUGGCAAUAUCAAGUCUGCACUGAAUGGGGCUACUUCCAGACAGGAUCAGGCGUCCCAGACAGCCAACUUCCAAUGAUCUCGCGUCUGAUUGAUUACAAUUUCACCUCAACUACAUGCCGCGAAGCUUUCAAUAUCUUCGACGAGCCUAAGGUGGAGAACAUCAACAAGCACGGUGGUUUCCUUUUCAGCUUCCCACGUGUGGCCAUAUUAGAUGGCGAAGCUGAUCCAUGGCGUGCUGCUACACCACAUAAGAUUGGGCUUCAGUAUCCAGAGUCCACGGUCAGCGAACCUCGUAUGAUCAUUGGCGGUGGCGCUGUUCAUCAUUGGGAUGAGAAUGGCAUCUUCAAGAACGAAACGACAUGUCAGUUACCGCCACACCCAGUAAAAAAAGCCCAAAGUUUCAUUGUUGAAUUUGUCAAAUCUUGGCUUGAAGAAUGGGAAACCCAGCAUUAG